AUGGAUCCCCUGGCUCGUGAAGGAAAAAGGUUCACCAUGAAUGGAAGUGCUACUGUAUGGAACCACAAGUUUAAAGAGCAUGUUCUUACCUUCAUCUUUGCAAUUCAAGAGAUCAACAGGAAUGACCAUCUCUUACCCAAUAUCACACUGGGAUUCGAAAUCUAUGACAAUGCUUUCAAUCCGCUGAGAGCCGUUGGGAACACUCUGCAGUUCCUCUUCACAGGGCAGGGGAAUCCCUUCAAUUACAACUGUGAUGGGAAGCAGCAGCUAGUCCUUGCCAUUGGUGGGCUAACCUCUCCAAAUUCCAUGCAGAUGGCCAGUGUCUUCAAUACCUACAAGAUCCCACAGCAUGGCUUUUAUGUUCCAAAUCAAGACAACUGCACUGGGGAGGAGAAACUGGGGAGCCUCCCUGAAUCUGUGCUUGAAAUGGGCAUGUCUGGGCAGAGCUAUAACAUCUACAAUGCUGUUUAUGCUGUAGCACAUGCUCUCCAUUCUGUGUAUUCACCGAAAGCUAAACAGAAAGAAAUGGAGAAACACGGGGGAAAGAGUCUUCUGUUACGGCCUCUUCAUGCUUUUCUGAGCAAUAUCCAUUUCAACAAUAGUGCUGGGGAAGAAAUCUUUUUUGAUGAGGAAGGGAGCCUGCCAUCAGGAUACGAUAUCAUCAACUUGGUCACAUUCCCCAAUGACACCUUCCAGAAAGUCCAAACUGGAAGGAUGGAUCCCCUGGCUCGUGAAGGAAAAAGGUUCACCAUGAAUGCAAAUGCAGACCAGUGUGAGAUGUGCCCAGAAGAUCAAUGUCCAAAUGAGAAACAGGAUCAAUGCAUCCCCAAAAGAAUAACUUAUUUAUCCUAUGGAGAACCAUUGGGAGCGGUUUUGAUUUCUUUUGCUCUUUUGUUUUCCCUGAUCACCUUUGCUGUGAUUGGGAUCUUUGUUCUGCUCCGCAAAACUCCCAUUGUGAAAGCCAAUAACUGGAGCAUUACCUGUACGCUACUCUCCUCUCUGCUGCUUUGCUUUCUCUGCUCCUUCCUAUUCAUUGGUCAGCCUAGGAAGGUGACAUGCCUCCUCAGACAAACCGUGUUUGGCAUCACCUUUACUGUUGCUCUUUCUUCUGUGUUGGCCAAAACCAUCACUGUCGUUCUGGCCUUCCUGGCCACCAAGCCGGGAAACAGGUUGAGGAGAUGGAUAGGGAAGAGGCUGGCAGUAUCGGUCAUCAUUCUCUGUUCACUUAUUCAAACUGGAAUCUGUGCUGUGUGGCUGGCAACCACUCCCCCUUUCCCAGAGUUUGACAUGCACUCUCAGAUCAGUGAGAUCAUUGUGCAAUGCAAUGAAGGCUCAAACACCAUGUUCUACAUCGUCCUGGGCUACAUGGGUUUUCUGGCCAUCAUCAGCUUCACUGUGGCCUUCCUUGCGAGAAAGUUACCAGAUAGCUUUAAUGAAGCCAAGCUGAUCACCUUCAGCAUGCUGGUCUUUUGCAGUGUUUGGGUGACCUUUGUCCCAAGCUACUUGAGCACCAAGGGGAAAUACAUGGUGGCUGUGGAGGUCUUCUCCAUCAUGGCCUCUAGUGGUGGACUGUUGAGUUGUAUCUUCCUUCCCAAAUGCUACAUUAUGAUUCUUAGACCUGAUCUGAACACCAGAGAGCAACUGGUUAGGAAACGAUAUUGAGACACUGGACUCUUUCUGCCUUUUCUAGUUCUUCAACACCAUGUCUCUCAUCAUUAUAUUCCCAUAUUAGUAGUGAAGGAAGACGUAGAUUAGAUAAUACAGUCAACAUGGGUGGUAUCAGUGACUAAGUCUUUGUGGUAUUGAGACAAUGGAGGGAACUGUGGAAGAGCUGCUUGAACAAUGAGCCAUAUUACACAGCUCUGGCACUGCUUUGAAGGACACAGCAGCCCUGCAGCACCAUGUGUCCAGAAUGCAGCACUGGAUGUCAGCCAGCCUACAGUGUGGGCCACAGACUAAUAGUUCUCUCAAAGAAGGGAGAUAACUGUAGACAGGCUUAUACUUAAGGUUAGGUGAAAAAAGAAUGGCUGACAACCAGACUAACGCAGUGUGUGGCAAUCAAAUGAAGCACGUGUGUUUGACAUGCAUUCCGCAUUCAUCCAGAUCAUGGUGUAGUGCAAUGAAGGGUCUGUUACAUGGGUUUUCUGGCCAUCAUCAGCUUCACUGUGGCCUCCCUUGCUAGAAUGUUACUGAUGGAUUUAAAUUUAUUUAUUUAUUUAUUUAUUAUUUAACGUAUUUUUAUACCGCCCAAAACUUACGUCUCUGGGUGGUUUACAACAAGAUAAAAACAAAAGUAAAACAUUAGUUAAAAACAAAAACAAGAAAUUUUAAACAAAAUUUAAAAUUUUUGAAACAAUAUUCUAAAAACAACAUUUAAACAAUUUAAUGAAGCCAAGCAUAUCACCUACAGCAUGCUGGUCUUCUGCAGUGUUUGCAUGUCCUUUGUUCCAAACUACUUGAGCACCAUAGAGAAAUACAUGGUGGCUGUAGAGGUCUUCUCCAUCUUGGCCUCUAGUGGUGGACUGUUGAGUUGUAUCUUCCUCCCCAAAUGCUACAUUAUUAUUCUUAGACCUGAUCUGGACACCAGAGAGCAGUUUGUAUGGGGAAAGAAUUGUGGCAUUGAAGUCUUUGGUUGUUUUUGUUGAGUAAUUUCCUCCUAUUCCUCCUAUGUAUUAUUUUAUUUAUUAUUUAUUAUUAAAACUUUUAUACUGCCCUUCCAAAA